AUGGAUGCGAUGAAGAAGACGAAGAAGAAUAACAACAGAAGCAAAGGAAUGAAGGAAGAAGAUGCAGAGAGGCAGCGGUGGAGUUGGAGGCUGAACAAAAUAACCAAGCAGCCAAUCCAGGUCCAGGGCAUUCCAGUCAUCUACUCUGCUGGGGACAAUGACAAGAGUCUCAAAGAGUUUCAACCAGACCUCUCUCGGCUUGUUUCAAAUGUCGCCGGCCUUAUUUGCGCCCAGUCUGGCCCAGUGCCUAGGUUCCGCUUAACGGGCACCAAACGGCGAAAAGCUGGGCUAGGCUAGAAUACUUGAUACAAAAGAGAACGAGUGGUCACUGGAAUGUUGAAGGAAAAUGAA